AAAUGAUCAAUAUUUUUCCGUUUUAUCAGUUGAAAUCGCGCGCUUGAAAUCGCAACUUUUGCAAAGUGAUACUUCACCUGUAGAAAGAGAGUUUUAUUUUGUUGUCCAAAAUGAGAUUCACCUUUUUGGUGUUUCUUGGAAUUUUACGCUACGUUUCUUCGUUUGACUUCAAAGAUGCUCAGUCGAAAGGUGUACACUUUGACGAAGAAACACCAUCAGGACAACCGGUAACAGUAGAUGAGGACAACGACGGCCCCCGUGUGGUUGCCGUUUUAGUUGUUAACGUUGAAAACUCACUCCAAAUUAAUGACUACGACAGCGAGAAAAAACUAGACGCGAAAUCGGAGCCGGGAGACAACGCUAACGAAUUCAAAAUUACGAUAAAAAGACUGGAUUAUGAAAAAGUGGACAGUAAAUUUUUCCCUCUGGAAAUCAUGGAUGGUGGCAGUCGUCGGACUUUGAUCGUUGGGAUCAAAAAUUUGGACGACGAAAGCCCAACUCUAACUACCUCUAACUGCGAAAUGGAUGAAUUGACGGAUUACUCAGUUGAGAAUUCAAAAUGCAUUUUCCAAGUUAGUGACCCCGAUGGAUUUUUGGAUAAAAUGAACUUUGACAACAUCGUUGGCACAAGAGGUGAAAAAGACAUAUUCGAAUUUAAAUACAAAGAAACACCAACUAGUACAGCCACCUCAAGUGAUGUUUACCUAACUUUGAAAAAACAACUAAACUACGACGAUGCAAUUUUAUACUCGUUUCAUUUGGAAGCAAAGGACGGUGCUGGUCACGAAACCACUCCUGUUAAAAGUGUCCCCAUUAUAGUCCAAGUCAAUGACAUACCCAACAAACCUCCAGUUUGGGAAAAAUUUCAAUCAGCCAUCACAAUACCAGAAAAACAGCCUUAUACAACUCAAGUGUCAGCGCGAGAUGGUGACUAUGGAAUCAACAAUGAUAUAAGUUACAGUGUCGAAGACACGAGUGGUUACGUUAAAAUUGACUCUAAUGAUGGUACUAUUACCAUUGCCCCCAUUGACAGAGAUGCUGGAACUGACCAAAUCACCUUCGAUGUAACAGCUACAGAAGUGGGAGAUGAGGAGUCAAAAACUACCGACUCAAUUCUGUUGAUUAUUGAAGAUAUUGACGACAAUAUCCCGAAAAUUUACAUUGACGAUUCGGACAAGAUCAGGGAAUUAAACGUAACUAUAGAUGAAGGAGCCACAGAAAUAGAUACGAAAAUAUCAGUGUCUGAUAUCGACUUUGGAGAGAACGCAAUUUACACCACACAACUGACGUCUGAUAAAGCUGAUUUUCUGACCGCUUUUUCUAUCAUUCCUGGACGCGGGUACGAAAACACAACUCUUACUCUAACUAUUCUAGACUCAAAGAAACUGGAUUUUGAACAACCCGAGUGGCGAAUAAUCACAAUGGAGUUACACACUAAAGGAACCAAGAACUUAUCAAUGGCAGACAUGGUACCCAUUAGAAUAAGUCUGAACGAUAUUAAUGAUGAAACACCAAAAUUCGGAGAUAUUGACGUUAUUAAGGUUUCCGAAGACGUUCCUCUGGGCUAUGUGAUUACGUUCAUACAAGCGACUGAUGCUGACGCUGAAGAUAUAGCAGCUGGUUUAAAGCACGAACUGUUGGGAACUUUGGCUAACAAUAUCCUGACGAUUGAAGCCUUGGGUGGGAACAUUACCACGAAAGUAGACGAUGCUUUUGACUACGAGAAACAGAACGAAGUCUUCAUCCAGAUCAUGGCCACUGAUUUAGUUAACCACACAGCUACGGCUCAAUUAACCAUUGAAGUAGUGGACGUUAAUGACGAAUCUCCAAAACUGGUUGUUUCUUCGUCAAUCGAAAUUGACGAGAAUCAGGAUGAUGGCACAGAACUCGAAGCUACAAUUACCGCAUCCGAUGAGGACACGACUGCAGAUUUGGAAUUUUCAAUCGACUGGAGCAAGUCUUACGCGACUAAAAACUCGCGCAGGAUAAAGGAUGAGGAUUUCGCGAAAUAUCAUUGCGUUAACGUCGAAACUGUUGCUGGAACAACAAACCAUGAGGCUUCCGCCAAGUUAACGAUCAUCGAGACCCAGAAAGGCAACACUCCAGAUUACGAAUUAUUUGAUAGUUUGUACGUUUAUUUGAUGGUGACUGACAAGAACCAAGCCAAGAAUGACGGUUCUGAUUUUGCACUAGUUGCUAUAACAGUCGGGGAUAAAAACGAUAACAGUCCCGAGUUCUCAGGCAAUGCCAAUGAUAAAAAACAAGUCACUGAAAAUUCAGCGACCGGAGUUGUCAUUGGGAGUAUAACAGCCACCGAUAAAGAUGUUGGAGACAACAUCACUUAUUCCAUAAAGCCCGUUGACGAGAAAACGCCCAACUGGGUUGCAAUUGAUAAAGAAACAGGGAGUCUGUUUGUCAGUUUGCAAGAAGGUGAUGUUAUAGAUUCGGACAAACCUGAAGGGAUUUUCACCUACAAUGUUACUUACACCGUCACGGCAAGUGAUGCCGUCCAGCACAACACCUCAAUUGAUAUAACUAUCGACAUCAAAGACCAAAAUGACAUCUCGCCAAAGCUAGGCAAUCAGGAAACAGAGAUAUUCGAAGACAAUGGGCUUGACGACCACAGCGACCAGAACGGAGCUGUGGUGCUUGAGCUAAAACCAACCGAUGGCGACAGAGACGAACCGUUCCACACCGUAAAAUGUUCGUUUUCAUCCACCACAAGUGCGGACGUGACAAACCGAUUUAAAAUUGACGACCAGAACAGGAUUACAGUCAACUUAUCAUCUGGAGCCACCUUGGACCGAGAGACAAAUCCCGAGUUUACGUUUGAUCUUAGAUGCAUAGACGAUCCCACUGAGCAAGGACCAAUCUCAAACCCCGUGGACCCACAACCAAAAGUAACGAUCAAACUGAAAGACGUCAAUGAUAAUUACCCAACUGUUGUUACCACAACUUUGCCAAAACUGACCGAGAACACUAAAAAAGGCCCACUUAGCACACAGCUUCAGGGCGAGGAUAAGGAUGCGGGCGAUAACGGAAAAAUGAACUUUGCGAUCGCUGCCAUCGAACGCUGCCAGGACGAAAGUCUGAAAAAUUGCGAAAAAACCUCCGAUGAUCUCUUCACUAUUGAAACUGCAGACUCGCAGAAGGAAGCCACUCUCGUAUUGAACCACGACGAUUUGCGGGACAAUUAUGGUUUUCUCAAAUUUACAAUUAACACGACUGAUUUAGGCGAUCCUGCCUUAUCUAGUGAAUCGACCGUUUCAGUGGAAGUGUCAAAAUUCAAUUUUGAGGAACCGAAGUUUAAAUUCCCCGAAGAUGGGACCAAGUAUUAUUUGAAAACGACCCAAAACAAAGACUCAUCGUUGAAAAUGUGGAACGACGACGUUUUGAACAACCUUGCAGCCACUGACCAACAAAAAGACAAAUAUGCAAUGUUGUUCAAAUUGGUUGAGGACAGUAGCGGGAAAAAUCUCUUCAAAGUUUCAAAUCUGGACGGCUCGCAGGCGCAACUCCAGAUGAGCACGAGUAGUUUUACGGCAAAACCUUACACGCUGACCGUUAUGGCUUAUCUGGACGCUGAUGAGAGUCAAAUGGCGCCAGGGGAGAAACCGUACUCGAAGAACUGUACGUUCCUAAUUGAUUUCUUUGACCAGGAUAAGACAGAUCCUGUUUUCAACGACCAUGAGGGCACUGCCGACUUUUACGAAAACUCCUUGACGGAGUUUUACAAAGUCGAAAAUGCCUCGUAUCCUGAUGUUAACAUUACCGGGCUGGAUAUUUACUAUUUGUUGCGCGAGGGCAACGAGAAGACUUUCGAUCUGGACAUAAAGAGCGGGAAUGUAACACUUAAGACGAAGCUUGAUUACGAAACAGUGAAAAGUUACACUUUGGUCAUACAGUCGUCCAAUAAAGACACCAUUAAUGCCAAUGCCAACGAAGAGACCAAGUUCCAGCUUACGAUAAAUGUCCAAGAUGUGAACGAUGAACUGCCAGUGUUUGACCAGAAGGAGUACAUUUCAAUUCUCACGUCCGGCACAGGCGACGUCCUUAAAAUCUCUGCCACCGAUAUCGAUACAACGAGCCAAGGACAGCUAACUUAUGCCAUAGAUUCCAUAGAAUCACACUCUUCAGGUCUAUCGAAUGACACAGUGAAGGAUUACUUCCAAAUUGAGGACCCGAAAAGCGGUGUCAUUAAGUACAAUUUCAAAGUCAGUGACAGCAUGGAUGGCUAUUUUACACUGAACCUCAGUGUUCAUGACGAAGACCCAAAUCACAUAGACAGAGCCACCGCUCAAAUCUACCUGGUGACUUCCAAACACACCGUAAAUUUCAAAUUUGAAAACAAGCAAGAAGUUGUACAAAAUGCGACCGCGUCUAUUAAAACCAUACUGGAAGCCCAGUUUAACUACUCAACAACCGUCGAAGACCCUAAGAAAGACUCAGACGCUGACGAAAACACCGACCAAACAAUCGUCCCUGUUUUCUUCCUCGACACAAAAUCACACCAACCGAAAGAAGCAACGGAAAUUUUAAAACAAGUCACCAAAGUGGACAAAUUCCAGUCCCUGAAAGAGGAGUUCCUGAAAGUGGGCUUGCUCCUGAUGAGUUUUUCCUCCGAUUCGGACACCACCGAAAACCUGGAAGAGACGCUGAAAGCGUGGCUGAUCGGAGUAUCGGUGGUCCUGGGAGCCCUCUGCCUCAUUCUCUUGAUUGCUUUUAUCAUAAGAACGCGAGCUCUCAGCCAACGCAUACAAAAAUUAUCAAACACCAAGUUCGGGUCCCAAGAAUCGGGACUUAACAGGCAAGGGCUGGCAGCUCCCACCACCAACAAACACGCCAUUGAGGGCUCUAAUCCGGUUUAUAACAACGAAGUUGAUACUAAAGAAGUGGAUCGGAGGAGCGUCACGAGCGGGGAUUCAGAUCUAAUAGGGGUAGAAGACGACGAAAAGUUUAAUUACGACAACACGAAAGAAGCAUUUGAUUGACUAAAGUAAUUGUUAAAUCGAUGUACAUAUUGUAUUUUUGUAAAUAAAAUUACUGUUACGAUCUA